AUGACAAAUUUUAUUCGCUGGUUGCUUCAACGAGAAGCAUCACGCUAUGUACCAAAAUUGAAUUAUUUUACUUUAAAAACAUUAAUUAAAAAUGAUUUUGACUUGAUCUAUUUGAAAUGGAUUCUUAAUAAUCUUAAUCAUACUCGAAAAUUGAAACUUCAUCUUCAAAUUAAUAAAAUCUAUUCACUCUCAGAUACAAUAGUUAAAGAAUACGUUGUUGAUGCAAAUUUUAUUCGUCAAUAUUGUUUACCUGAUAUAAUAACAAAUAUAAAAGAUUUUUGCUUUUAUAUUGUUUCUCAAUGUCAAUUAUUAUCGAAUCAGAUUGAAAAAAUAAUAAAUUCAUUUAAGAUCGAUGACUUUUUUAUUUCACAUCAUUUGACAAAUGUAAUUUGUUUCUUUGAUCCAUUUAAUUCAUAUCAACAUCUUUCUUCUUAUAUUAAUGUUAAUAAACUUCAAUUUAUGAAUGGUUUAGUUUUUCAUCCAAAUAUUUUUACGUGGCCACAUAUUCAAGAUGUUUCCAUUGAUUUACAUCCAUCUCUUUUUCUAUUGCUUGAACGAUUUGAUGAAAUAUUUCCUAAUGUUUCUAAUAUUCAAGUUUAUACAGGUUAA